AUGCCUCACCCCAACCAUUCCUUCAGCGGGUCACGUAAGAAGAUACUUACACAUUCACUCGAACAGCAUCAACAUCAUGCCCGAACUCCCCCUGGCUCUGCAGCAGCCAUCCUGGACAUCUUCCGCAAUACCUUCGCCAACCUUUUCGUCGCCGCUGCAACAGAGGAGGACCGCGAUGCCUUCGUCCUGACACCACUGCUUCAGGAGAUCAAGGCUGCCCUCUUCGCCCGUGACUUCGACGCCGCCUUCUCCAACGCCCGCCCCGCGCUCCUCGACGCCUACGCCGCUCGCUGGAGUCCGACCCGAGCCCUGGCCUACGCCGCCGCGCUGACCGGACUGACAGAGCACCUCGAGGCCCUCAUGCUGCCGGUCGAGGAGGCGUCUGCAGAGGGCGCCAAGGUCUCGGGGCCCCCCGAAGGUUUAAAGAGGAACCUCAGGGUGGUUUCGUUCGGCGGCGGCGCCGCUGAGAUUGCCGCCUUCGCCGCCUACCUCCACAUGGUGAACGCGCCCAAAACCCCUGAGGACAACGGUGAACCCCUGACGGGCACCAUCGACCUCGUCGACUCGGCGCCCUGGGGUCCCGUCGUUGAGGCCCUGCACGGGAGCCUCACAACCCUGCCAGCCCUGUCCAAGUAUGCGAGUGCCGCUGCCAAGGCCACCAACGCGGCCCUCGUCGACCCGAGCCUUCUUUCCUCCGCCUUCACCCAUGAUAACGCGCUCACCAUGUCCCGCGACCAGCUUGCUAGUCGAUUCGGAACGGCGAAUGGCGACGGAAACCCCCUCCUUGUCACGCUCCUGUUCACUCUCAACGAGCUUUACACAACAGGAGGCAUCGGCAAGACAACGGCCUUUCUCAUGAAUCUGACAGCUACCGUUCCCGAUGGCUCACUCCUUCUUGUACUUGAUAGCCCGGGGAGCUACUCUGAGGCCGCUGUCGGCAAGGAGUCGAAGAAGUAUCCCAUGCACUGGCUGAUUGAUCACUGCCUCUUGAAGCCAGAGCAGAGGGGAUCAGCGCAAAGCACGGGCGGCCGGUACUGGGACAAGAUUGACUCUCAGGAUUCAGUUUGGUUUCGCCUGUCCGAGUCGGUGACCUAUCCCAUCCCGCUCGAGAACAUGCGGUAUCAAUUGCACCUCUAUCGAGCUAUCAGGUCAUGA